AUGUUCGACUUGGCCUUUCUUGAAGAUGACCUCCUCAAUUCGACCGUGGUUGGAUCCGACGAGAACUUCGUGCCGCUGGACAGGUGGCCUGAGUGGCGCUACCUCUUGGACCUCCCAGGGAACGGGUAUUCGGGGUCUUUGAAGCAGAAGCUCACCUCGAGCUCCGCAGUGUUCCUGUUGUCCGACGUCGGGGUGCCGGGCGCGAGCCCCGUGUACGAGCACUACCACGCCGGCCUUCAGCACGGCGUCCAGGUGCUGCGCAUCUCCGUGGAGGAUGCCGGGGAGAAGCUGCAGUGGGCUCGCAACCACGACUCGGAGGUGCAGAAUCUCGUGCGCCGCGCCAACGAGUACAUGGAGGGGUUCGAGGAGCGUACGCAGUGUUACCUGUGGAAGCUGCUGGACGGGUACGGACGCCUGUUGCGAUACCAGCCUUCGGUUGAUCAGAACAUGCUCUUCGGUGGAGAAGCCGCGUCUAUCCGUUCGCUGCGCGUGCAGCGGAGACCUCUCAGAGAAGAGUCUGCCAAGUUUAUCGCCCGGUGCUCGGAGAUGAUCGAGGAGUACUCUCAAUAA